AUGUCGCUGAACGGCCUCGACAAUGCGACCGUCAAAGAGGCCCACGACGCUGCGGUCUCUGAACCCGGAGGCUGCUAUUCAUCUUACCCCUAUGGCAAACCGAAGGUCAAGCUAGCCCCUCGCCCCUCGUUGGAUACGUCAGGGCGGCCACGCACGUCUGCAGGCACGGGAUCUCGAAAGGGCAAGGGCGACGCGAAGCUUUCGGGAAGCUCUACAGAGCAAAUUGACGAGGAAGACAAAGGAGAUGAUGCCACCUUUAUUGUAACCAAAGUUGCAGCUAUCUCGGUGCCAGCAAACCCUCCCGAGACUUUAGAUGUACAUCGACCACAUACAAGCGGUGGCCGGCCCGCGUCUAGCUCCGGUAUUUCAAUCAAAUCCACUGCGACGACCACAGCGACAACUGUGACAAAACAAAACACGAUGACGCCAGAGAAAGCGCGGCUCAUGAAAGCUAUGAAAUUACGCGAGAAGAAAAAGAAGAUGACAAUCCAACCACCCAUACCUAUCCCGACCGUCGACAUUAGUGAGGCGCCCACUGAGGAAGUAGUUGGAAGCAUACUCCAACCUGAAGAGCCGUCCAAUAGGGCGCCUGCCACGGGGGUGUCGUACACGGAAAAUUUUGAAGAUCUGCCAAAUAUUGACAGACUGAGCUCCGGCAAUAACUUCACAUCCGGAGCUGGCUCUGGAGAAACGGCGGUUGAUACCGGCUUACCUGCAGCCUUGGACCAGAUAUCAAUAGAGACGCACACCACGGAUUCACACCCAGCCUCCCCAUUGGCCAUGUCUUCAGAAAUCGGCGAUUCCACCAAAGCCUCUUCACUAUCUGAAUCCACUGAUGAAACAGUUCAGGCACUACGGGACCUCAAAGUAGAGACAGGCGUGACAUCCCACCAUGAUUCAACUAGUCCAGGAAAUCCUACGGCGACGAUAGAAUCUAGCGAGCCUUUAUAUCAUGGUGGCGGCACUGAAAGUGAUAAGUCUCGAGCGGAAGGUCAUGGAUCAGUCAGCAGUGGCCCCGUGGUGCAGUCUGAAGAACUUCCUGGCUAUGGUAUGGCCGAACACGAUGCUGAUGAUGGGGUAUUUCUCGGAGAAGACCAGCCUGUCACGUCGAAGUCUUACUUGGACAAAGCUGCGGCUUUCAACAGCGCACCCGUGCUGGAAUCUGCUGACGCACUUGUGUUCGCCGAGCGGACGGCUCGAGCACCUAUCGACGAAGUUGGAAUCGAGUUCACAGAUUCGAGCCGCCCAACUACAUCAACCACUUCCGAAUUUACCGCCGACUUGGAGGAUGAGACAUUAGUGCCAUCGACCAUGGUCCCUGUCAUCACUGCACCUGAACCGAGAGACAGCCAGUCAACAAUCGGGCUCGAGACCAGUGACACCGCGUCUAUGGAUACCAAGCGUGCGAGACGUAGGGCCUUGGUGGACCCGAUCCAAACUAAUUUGGGUGGUGGCCUGGAAAAUGACGGGGCACGUUCUGAUGCGAAUCUCUCAGAUGACGAUGAGUUAAUGGAGGAACUUCAAUCAGCAACCGUCCAACAGGCCAAGCCAAUGACUGUGUCAAAAUCACCCAUCACUCCCGUGUUCCCAAACACCAGCCCUUCAAAGCAUAGAGUUGCCGGUGACGAAGUCUUUGGCCGUGUUGCUCGGACCGUUUCCAGUCCUGUUCGCGGUUCCUUGCUGGUCCCUGGAGAUGCUUCAGCGGGCGCGGCAAGGUCCGUCUCAUCGAAUGCGACCUUUCUACAAAAAAUUACCCAACAGAAAGCGUCAAACAUUGCCCCGAAAAAAACAAAUCUCGGGUCGAGCAUUUCUCAAAGAAUAAAGGCCCUUGAGAAGCUAUCAGGGGGCACCCCUGAAAUAUCCGGCCUAUCGGUUGCAGGCUCGUCCACGGAGACUGAACGCAAGAAGGAGAGCAUAUUGGAACGCCGGGCGUCAAAGGAGAAGCGGCGUUCGCAAUCCCAGGAUAGGUCGACGAUUGCGGAUGGCUCGGAGGAUACACGACCACGUCGGCGGUCAUCUUUGUCAAUCGUCAAAGACUUCAUCAAGGACCGCCGCGGUUCAGUUAUGGCGUCACGCUCUCCCUCGACCGACAACCUCAACACCACCAACCUUGCUUCCCCUGCCUCUUUGUUUUCACACUCGAAGUCGCCUUCACGACCACCCUCCGUACACACUACGCAUGGGUUAGCACGCCGCCUUAGCAUCUCCAGCCGCCGCUCAACAAGCAAGGAUCGAGACAUGAUCACCCCACCCACCAACACUCCCCUGUCGCCAUCUCUUAUGACGGAAACUAGUGGCUCUGGGGAUGAAAGCAAAUCAUUCACGAGCGAACUCGGACAUAAGAAGACCAGCUCUGGGGGUAAAAACCGGGCUUCUCGUUUCAUACGCAGACUGUCGAGCUCUCUUACCACAGGCCGGAAGUCAACAACACCCACCAUUUCGCCCACUGUUGCCGAGGAAGAGGAGGCAUCUAGUACAACCGCCGCACCAAACCAAGGAGACCUAGUUAUCCAGUCCAAUGCCAUUUCAUGUGUCGGUGAUGUGAAUGUCCAAUUUCCCGACAAUCUGCUUUGGAAACGCCGCACUAUGUGCCUCGAUUCGCAAGGUUUUUUGAUUCUCAGCACGGGAAACAGUGUUGGCGCACCGGGAAUUGAUAAACCGGCUGGCACUGUGAAGCGGUACCAUAUCAGUGACUUCCGAUUGCCAUAUAUUCCCGAGAUGGAAAUGCAGGAGCUUCCCAAUAGUGUGUGUUUGGACUUUGUCGAUGGUUCUGGCUUGCAAAUCGCAUGCGAAGAUCGUGCUGGCCAGCUGAAUAUUCUUCACGUUCUCCAAGAUGCUCAUCAGGGCCAUACUUCCUUUGGCCAGUGA